UCCGUCUAGCAGGGGAGGGGGAAAGCAGGCAGACUGGCUGCCCGAUCUUUUCUCUCUCUCUUUCUCUUUUCUCUGUCUUUCUCUCUCUCUCUCUGUGUCUCCCCCUAUCUCUCUCUCUCUCUUCUUCUCUCUCUCUUUUUCCCAGCUCAGCUCAAAGUGCCGUCAGCCUCUCCAGACCUGCCAUGGCCGUUCAGCCUGGAUAUGCCUUCUGCUCUCUGCUGCUGCUCGUCCAGCUCGCCCGCGCGCUCUAUAUCGCCCACAGCGCAGAUUCCUUGCAGCAUGUCCUGAAGGAGUACGGCCUGGUGAAGCCGGUCAGUGUGGAUGUGAACGGACACUUCCUCACCCAUGCCGUCUCGGCUAGUCGGCUGAAUGAGCAGCUGCCUCACCAACGCCGGCGGAGAAAUGCCCAAUAUAACGGAGAGCAGGAGCAUGGGAGCACCAGAGAGACGCUCUUCUACAACGUUACUGUUUUCGGGCAGGAGUUCCACCUUCAUCUGCGUCCAAACUCACGGCUGGUGGCUCCGGGGGCGACGGUGGAGUGGCACGAGGAUGACAACCGUACGCAUUCGGAGCCACUCCUGCCCAGUGACUGUUUGUACGUAGGCCACGUUACUAAUGUACCGGAUACCUCAGUGGCCAUCAGCAACUGUGACGGACUGGCAGGGAUGAUCCGUGCAGGUCAGGAGGAGUUCUUUAUCGAGCCGCUGGAGAAAGGAGGAGGAGGUGACAUGACAGGAGAGGAGGAGGGAGGAGCCGGACGACAUCACAUCCUCUACCGCUCCUCCGCCAUAAAGAAGCCGACCGCCAGUCACGUAGACGAUUUCGCCCCCAGAGCUUCAGCGCUGGGUGGCCUGGCCAGUGUGAGGGACUUCGCCAGAGGGUUCGAAGCGAAAGUGAACAGCAGCAGACGUUCAAAAAGACAAUCAUACCACGAGGAGAUCUUCAAUAUUGAGGUGCUCCUGGGGGUGGACUGCUCAGUGGUUCAGUUCCAUGGCCGAGAGCACAUCCAGAAAUACCUGCUGACGCUUAUGAACAUAGUGAACGAGAUCUAUCAGGAUGGUUCACUGGGUGCUCAUAUCAAUGUUGUGCUGGUUCGAAUCAUGAUGCUUUGUUCUGCCAAGUCUAUGGGUCUGAUCGAGCUGGGGAACCCUUCUCAGAGUCUGGAGAAUGUUUGUCGCUGGGCAUUCCUGCAGCAGAAAGAGGACGAGAAUGAUGCUGAAUACCAUGAUCAUGCCAUCUUCCUCACCAGACAAGAGUUUGGGCCCACGGGAAUGCAAGGUUACGCUCCAGUGACUGGCAUGUGUCACCCUGUGAGGAGCUGCACUCUGAAUCAUGAGGACGGUUUCUCCUCUGCCUUUGUGGUGGCUCAUGAGACAGGACACGUGUUAGGGAUGGAGCACGAUGGCCAGGGUAACGAGUGUGGAGAUGAGGUCCCCAUGGGCAGCAUCAUGGCUCCUCUCGUACAAGCAGCUUUCCAUCGCUUUCACUGGUCCCGCUGCAGCCAGCAGGAGCUCCGCAGAUACCUCAACACCUACGACUGUCUCCGUGACGACCCGUUUGACCACGAGUGGCCGUCCCUGCCGCAGCUGCCGGGUCUGCACUACUCCAUGAACGAACAGUGUCGCUUUGACUUCGGCAUGGGCUACAUGAUGUGCACGGCGUACAGCACCUACGACCCCUGUAAGCAGCUGUGGUGCAGCCACCCGGAGAACCCUUUCUUCUGCAAGACCAAGAAAGGCCCUCCUAUUGACGGCACCAAGUGCGCUACAGGAAAGAACUGCUUUAAGGGUCACUGUAUCAAGCUGACGUCAGACAUUCUGAGGCAGGACGGACACUGGGGCCAGUGGACUAAGUUUGGUUCCUGCUCGCGCACCUGCGGAGCAGGGGUCCGCUUCCGUACCCGCCAGUGUGACAACCCCAUCCCAGCCAACGGUGGACGCACCUGCUACGGAAACAACUAUGAGUUCCAGCUGUGUAAUACUGAGGAGUGUGCCAAGGCCCUGGCAGACUUCAGAGAGGAGCAGUGCAAGAUGUGGGACCCACACUUUGAACACCAGGGGGUCAAGCACCAGUGGCUGCCUUAUGAACACCCUGAACAUGAGGAACGAUGUCAGCUCCACUGCCAGUCUAAAGAAACAGGUGAUGUGGUGUCUAUGAAGAGGAUGGUGCAUGACGGCACACGCUGUUCCUAUAAGGAUCAUUACAGUGUGUGUGUGCGCGGAGAGUGUGAGAAAGUGGGCUGUGAUAACGUGAUUGCCUCGGAGCUGGAGGAGGAUAAGUGUGGCGUGUGUGGAGGAGACAACUCCACCUGCAAGAUUGUUAAAGGAAACUUCACUCGCAGCACCAAGAAACCAGGUUUCUUGAAGAUCCUCGAGAUCCCCAGAGGAGCGAGGCACGUUAUGAUCCGAGAGUUUAAAGGAACUCCACACAUUCUGGCGGUGAAGAACCAGGCCACGGACCACCUGUUCCUGAACGACGAGGGCGAGUUUCCUGAGUCCAGAGCGGUGAUUGAGAAGGGAGUUCUGUGGGAGUACAGCAACGACGAUGACAUGGAGACGGUCCAGACCACAGGCCCGCUGAGAUACGGAGUCCUCAUCAUGGUCCAAUCUCACAGCACAUCCAAAGUCACGCUGUCCUACAAGUACAUCCUGCCGAAAGACCCGCCUUCAUCCAUGGAGAACAGCUUACCUGUGGACGAAACCGCCUACUUCGAGUGGGCUCUGAAGAAAUGGUCCCACUGCUCCAAGCCGUGUGGUGGAGGCAAGCAGUACACGCGCUUCGGCUGCCGCAGGAAGUCAGAUGGUAAGAUGGUGCACCGCACGCUCUGCUCCAACAUCUCCAAACCCCGCGCCAUCAGCCGAGCCUGCAACCAGAAGCAGUGCUCCGAGCCAGUUUGGGUGACGGGAGACUGGGAGGAGUGCAGUAAGUCCUGUGGUAAGACGGGUACUCAGACUCGGCCUGUGCGCUGUGUGAGGCCACAAGCCGACGGCACGCAGAAAACCAUCAACUCCAAAUACUGCAGCGAUGAUCGACCCGAGGGCCGCCGCACCUGCAACCGAAACCUCUGCCCUGCCCAGUGGAGGACCGGACCCUGGUCACAGUGCUCUGUUACCUGUGGAAAUGGAACUCAGGAGCGGCAGGUCAUGUGCAGCACUCCUGAUAAUACCAUCGGUGCCUGUUUGGAACCUAAACCGGAGAUAAUCAGGAAAUGUCAGCUGAUGCCGUGUUCUGGUGACCGGGGGAACUUCCUGAUCCAGUGGCUUUCCAGAGCGGACCCAGAGUUCCCGGCUCCCAAGAUCUCCUCAAGGUCCCGCUGUAAAGGAGAUAAGUCAGUCUUCUGUCGUAUGGAGGUGCUGAACCAGUAUUGCGCCAACUCUGGCUACAGGCAGAUGUGCUGCAAGUCCUGCAGCCAGAGCAACUUUACAUCAAGCCUCAACACGACCUCAAAGCCUUGGUCCUUCACCACUGUGGCUCCAGGCACUGCGGUUGGGAAUGUCAGGCAGAGAACACCACCCAGCCCCCCUACGCCUUGGAAAUACACCACCAUACUGGAUCCCCUGACUCUGAGGAGAGGAACUACAUUCCCCAGCACCAUCAGUGCCUUCCUGGAGGAGACGGAUGGACCAAGCACGACAUCCGACGAGGAAGAGUACGUCUCAGAGCCCUGGACAGUGGUUAUACCCAAGGAGCUGUCAGAGUCCACGUCUUGGUUUGAGGACCUUUUGUCCACUAGUGUUCAAUCGACAACUGAAUCAAACGAUGAUGUCAUUGAAGAGUUGGCUACAACACCAACAGUUACCACAGCAAUGGCCACAACACCAGCACUUACAACGCCAAGGUUUACAAUGCCAACAGUUACAACGACAAGGCCAACACACACAACACCUGUGCAAACAAGAGUCCUUCUGACCAGUCCUCCAGCUAUAGUGAGCCUGGACAGAUCAGAGGACAGGAAGGAGAAUAACUCCAUUGAUGUGCCCUACCGAGUCGUGGAUGUUAAUGAAGUCUCCCAGAACCACUUUAUACCUAGAAAGCGGGUGCUCUUCCGAGAGAAAACACACAAUAAAAGGAUUCAGGAGCUCCUUGCUGAGAAAAGGAGACAAGACUUUCUGCUUAGAAGACUGAAAAGAAAACCUGGAGACUGAUCAAUUUUCACUUUUCUUCCUGUCUUACAGAAGCACUUCAGUCUCUCAGAUGUAUUCUAGCAUCUUUGGUUUUAUUCACCUCCCUCCAGAAAGCUGAGACGUGCCUAAAAAAAAAAAGUCUUUGAACAUUUAUCUGCUCGUUAUAGCUGUUUUUUUUUUUUUUUUACUAUUUGAACGAUUUACCUUAUUCUAACAAUCCAUCCAUCCAUCAACAGCCAUUAAAAAUAAAUAGCAAAUUAAGAAUUUGCUGAUUGUUGUUAAAGUAUAGCAGGGAAUUUAAUAAUCUUAAAGAUUAAUCUCACUUUCAUCUCUGAGAUGAGGAUUUAAAUGGAUAAUUCAUCAUUUUAAAAGCAGACUAGAGGCUUCAUAUAUAAAUUUCUCUUGAAUAUAUGGAUAAUCUACUGAUUCAGGAUUCCACAUAACUGAAACCAUAUGUCUACAUUAAAAAUAUAAACAUUUCCAUUCAGAGGGAAUUUCUGGCAGAAAUGUUAAGCAAACUGACAAAUUUUUUGGAACCGCUCAGAUUUUUCCAGCCUCUGAUUUAAAGUGGGAGGUGUUGGUAGUCUCUCUGCUUUAAAGUAGCAUUCCACUUUUUUUAAACAUCAAGCUUAACACAGCCCUAAAAUACUUCAUUGUUGCUGGAACAAAAUCUUAAAUCUCAGAUAUGGUGACUUCUUAGAAGAAGAAAAUAUGUAAAUAGGUUUAAGUCUAGAAUUUCCUUUAAGUAAGGGAAUUUUCACACCUGUGCUUCGCUUCUCUGGUCUGAAUCAGUAGAUCAGUAGUUGAUCAGUCUGUCUACUUGGAGCGUUUUUUCCCUCUUUUUCCUAGAGGGAAACAUUUUCCCAAAUUCCAAAUUAAAAUAUUGUCAUUAAGAGCAUUUAUUUGCAGAAAAUGAGAAAUGGCUUAAUUAACAAAAAAGACACAGAGCUUUCAGACCUCAAAUAAUGCAAAGAAAACAAGUUCAUAUUUAUAAAGUUUUAAGAGUUCAGAAAUCAAUAUUUGGUGGAAUAACCCUGUUUUUUAUCAAAGUUUUCAUGCAUCUUUGCAUGUACUCCUCCACCAGUCUUACACACUGCUUUUGGAUAACUUUUUUGCCACUCCUGGUGCAAAAGUUCAAGCAGUUCAGCUUGGUUUAAAGGCGUUUGAUCAUCCAUCUUCCUCUUGAUUAUAUAUUCUAGAGGAAUUUUAAUUUGGUGAAAUCAAAGAAACUCAAUUUUUAAUUGAUCUCUUAAUUUUUAUUCAGAGAUGUAUAUACCUAGUGGGGAAUAUAAGAUGGCCAAUGAGUGCAGAAACAAGGAGGUGGUCAUAAUAUUCUGAUUUGACUGUGAAUGAAAUACGAUAUGAAGAUAAAGUCAGAAAUCAAUUGUUGUUUGUGAAACUAAGAUGAAAGUCGGUUUUUGAUCUCCAUAGGAACUUGUUAUAUUUUAAUAUCUAUUCAUUUAGAGUCCAUCUCAAAAGAGCCUUUUUCUGCUCUGAUUCAUAGACACUUCAUUUUUAUAUAUUUUAAGGUUGUUUUGAUGCUGUUUUGAAACAGUGGAGAUUCAUUAUAAGCCACCCACUCUUGUCCUCCCUCAGGAACAGUUGACUAGGUUCCUGCAACUUGAGCUUGGUUUGCCAAAACCCCCUCUCACAUUUCACAUACGGAGCUCUUUGAAGAACACUUUCUUCUCUAACAAGUCUUCCAGUUUUGUAACACCAUAUAACCCCAUCCCUCAUAUUCACAUACGCGUUUCAUCUAUUCAAGCUUUCUUUCUUUUUUUCUUUUUUUACAUUCAGCACCUGCACAAAUAUGAACUUCUUCACAAAAGUUGUACAUGUGAAUCAGAAUUUUAUUUUUUAUAUUUAUUGAAGUGCCUUUGGUUAAACAGCAGUGUUUUACGACUCCGCUUUUAAGCUUUCAUGGUAGCCAGUGCAUGCGGCAUGAGCAGCAGUGAUUGUCUUGCCUGUAGCACAGUCAACAUGCUGAGAGUAUGAUGUGAUGUCCACACUGUUUAAAGCCAUUCUCUUGAAGAUGAAGUGUAAGGAUGCUGUGGGCACAUGCAUUCUUUCAUUUAUUGUUUUAAUAAAAUUGCAAAUGAAGUCAAAUCA